AUGGAUAAGUAUGAAGCGGUGAAAAACCUCAGAAUUAUUUCCGCCAGUAUUGACGAACACAAGACAUGCGCAGGCAGGCAUAUGGACCACGGAAGGAGUACGAAGGAAGAAAUUAAAAAAAAAAACAUGAAAAACAAAUAUUUGCAGUUAUUAAAGCAUACGACGAAUACACGUAACUGUGGUGAGGCUCUCUGCAAUAGGAAUUGUCGCCAUUUGGACCACUCGUCCUCGAAGGAGGAGGAAGAGGAGUUGAAGAAGAAGUUGAAUCGAAGCCCCUGCAAUGACUGCGUGAGUAAGUCAUCUAUGAGGUUAAAACAUGGGGACACCUGUGAUGGUGUUGGCAAAUUAGAUGAGACAGGAACUAGCGCUGAGUUACUAAGAUAUUGUAAUUACCCAGUUGAGAAUACAAAUCGAUUGACUGGGAAUUUUAUUGCCAACAGGAAAGUAUGCGCCCAAGAGAAUGCCCCUCCCCCAGGUGGAAACACAAAAGGGAAGGAAAAAACAAACCUCAUUAGCUUCUACAAGUACAAAAAUUUGAUUAAUAAGAAUGACCAACAAGGAAGCGUGGACGUUACGGCAGGAGGUCUUAUUGGGUUACCAGCAGAUGAUGAACAGUACACAAUUAAGUGCAGCCUAAAUUCGCUAAUCUGGAAGAGGCUGCUAAAGAAAGGGUGCGGGCCGUCACAGGAAAACAGAAGCGCUUCGUCCACUAGCAAAAUAUGCCAGGUUGCCUCGAGUGAAGAUGCAGAAUCGUGUAAAUUGUAUAGGGGGGAGGAGGCUCAACGAAAGAGCAGUAACUACGCCGUUAAAAAUGGCGCAAGAGGAGGGAAAGGCAGCGGAGCCAAUGAGGGAGGAGUCAAAUCGAGGCAGCCUCCCCCCGCCGACGUGUCGAGGAGAGACCCUGCGGAGAGUGCCCUCAUAAAUUGUUUCCUGAAAGAGCGUCUUGGCAACAGAGUCGUGAGUAGCCGCUUGGGCAGAGGCAGGGGCAGGGGCAGAAAUCAGGAGGGCGACUCGAAUGGGAGCCAAUCAGGUGGCACGACUGGAAGUCUAGCAGGUCGAACCAAUGGAAGUCUAUCAGGUCGAACGGAUGGAAACCAAACAUAUGGCAUGAAGAGCCAUCGCGACGGAGGCGUUAAUACGCGAGGUAUAAAAGGGAAAGUAUCUUCGGAGGAAACAUCCCCCAGUUAUUGCCUCGGAGAAGCAACCAUUAACGUUGACCCCCCGCAGGCGGAUAGGAACCUCGGCAGGCUAUUCAAAUGUUCCAUUAAAACUUCCAGCAAUGGUUCGUGCAAUUCAGGUGACAGUGCGGCCCCUUCAAGUGAUGGCCUUGUGAAGAGGAAUUGUGUCUUCUCUCCCCGUGAAGCAGUCACGAACGAUCCGAGAAGUGAAGAAAGUCUGAACUGCAGAUUCUGUGUGCGUAACAAAGACACACGUGUGGGGAACGAUUCGAUCAGUUAUGGAGAGCAUGCGGCUGUUUUAAGGAGCAAAGGGAGGAAUAACAUCGGAACGGAAAAGAAUGUUUCAAACGAAUUGAACACUGAAGGUGCAGUAAGAGGGAGAGAAAGUGAUGAACUAAAAGACACACACACAGGUAGCACCGCUGUUCAGAAGUACCCCUUGCAGGCGAAGGGUACCUCUUCCUGUGAAAGGAAUGAACAUAUUUUACACGUGGAAGGAAAAAUGAUACGUGGAAAUGUCAACGCGUCGAAAAAGGCCCAUAGCGACUCGAUGCUUCCCUCCUGCAAAAAAGUGACGACAAGGGAAUUCCGAAGUAGGGGGAAAAACGCCAGUGCAGGUAUAGUCGGUCAGUGUAUAAGGCGAACUGAGGAGAUGGUGAAGUCACGUAGGAGGCAGAAGAGUAGAGGCCCAAAAGGGGAGAGUGGUGAACCGUUGGGGCAAUCAUAUAACAACACCAGCUGCUUCUACAGGUGGAGUCAAAAAAGCGGGAGAGAACAAGGAAGAGAAAAAAAUAAAAAAAUUGGUACAGAUACCUUUUACAAUAAGUUAAAAUUAAUGAGAAUAAGCAAGAAGAAAUCCAUUUUCUGCUACAGUGAGUUUGUGGAGCCGUCUACUCCAUCCGACAGGGAAUCGAAGAAGGGGGGAGUUCCAAGUCAUUGUCGCGAUAAUAUUUCUCGUAGUGGUGACGGUAACGUGGGAGCACAGUCUUCCCCACUUGACGACAUCCCUAGUGAUGGAGUCAACCCAGGAAGGACCCUCCAACGGCAAGCAAAGGGAAAGACCUGUCUCUCGUUGGCUUGCCGCAAAACCAACCGGGGGUCAUCAUCCGUACCUACUCUUGAAAAGGAAGAUUUCAAUUUUUCCACCUUAAAAAAAUGUAGAAGUUUAGAUAAGGGGGUAGCAUGCGUUCGGGCUACCUCUAGUUCUGGUCUGCGCUGUAGGUCGAGGUGCAAUAGGGGAAGGGACAAGCGGUGCCUCAGCAGGAGGGGAAAUAUUAUCACCAAGGUUAUGGAGACAGGCGGCGAAAAAGGGUUUGUGAGGAAGGUUCAACGGAGGCAGAUGGAGGGGGGGAAGCAGAUACACGAGGACGAGAAGAAGAAGGAGCAGACAAAGGAGCAGACAAAGGAGCAGACAAAGGAGCAGACAAAGGAGCAGACGAAGAAGCAGAAGGAGAAGAAAAAGGACAAAAACGAAGCGUCCAGCACAUGCGGCAGAGUUUCCCCUCGUGGGGAAAAAACUGAGGGGCAUUUUACUCCACCUCCCUCGUGGACGGAGCGUGGUGAAAGCAGCCACACAAAUGGGAGCUCCAACGAUCGUUUUUGUACUACCUUGUUCAGCUAUCAUCGGUGUGGGGUAAUUGAAGACGGGUCGCUCCAGUUAGCGGCAGAGAAAGAGUUGGAAAAAAUCAGACAAAGUAGAUUCAGCGAAAGGAUUUCUGGAGGGAAGGACCAGAUGCGUUCCUCCCCAGUCGGUGAUCCACAUUGGGGGUGCAGCGGGAGGGAUACUCGUGUAACUCGUGCGGAAGAACCCCCCCGUGGUGGUAGGAAGAAGGCUCUGUGUAAGGGGCAUUUGUCGAACGCAAUCACAGCGGGCCGAAGGGGUAGGGCCUUUUUUUGCAGUGAGAGGGAGCCGAAUCGGGAGCGACUGAAAGUGAGGAAGGACAGGAAAAGGAGGACGGGUGCGGCGGCGAAUAAGGGGCACAAACACGUGGUGAAUAGGAAGUGCAGGGAGAAUAGAAGUCGCUCAAGAUACAACGCGACGAGGGAUUCUGUCAAGAGGAGGGAACAAGGCCAAUUGGGGAACGAGGAGCAAAUACCAUUCUUCUCUCUAUUCGAGGACGAGGAAGACGAAGGGAUCAACCAAACUAGAGGGAAGAAGAAAACAAAACUGCGCUCCAAAAACGGGGAGGGGGCAAGCCUGGAAAGGCGCCAAAAAAGUUACUUAUCAUCCCGUGGCAGUUCAGUGGAGCAAAAUUGCCUCCAAGGGAGCUCCAUCGAGUACUUGACCCCUGUGUACCGGCGUGAAGAGGUCGAGGAGGAUAACGGCGAAAAGAGGAAACCGAUCCGAAUGAAGGAAGGAAGCAAUCAAGACGGAAGAGCCAAGCCCCAAGAGGAGGAUACUCCCAAUUGGACGACGACCCCAUGGGAACUGAGUUCCUCCGUGUUCAUGUACCCCAAGUGUACGUACUAUAAUAAGCUUUACUGCAUCGUGGGGCUGAUAUACUGUGGAGAAAAGUCCCAAGUGUAUAAAUGUGUCAAUGUGCUUAACAAGAAGACCUAUGCGAUGAAGGUGAUUGUGAGAGAAGAGAGUGAUGAUUAUGACAUGAGGAAGUUCUUCCAGAAGUAUUCCUUUUUGAAACAAAAUAGACACAGGAAUGUCAUUCCUAUAUAUGACGUUUUUGAUGAAGAUAAUUACUACUUCAUCGUAAUGGAGUAUUGUGAGGGGUGCACUCUGCUGGAUUAUUUCAUGUCCCUGGUUCCUGGCUCGCUGGAGAUUCACGACAUUAAGUGCAUCAUGAAGAACCUUCUGCUGGGGUUAGACUUCCUGCACGCGAACAACAUCAUCCAUAGGGACAUAAAGCUGGAAAAUAUUAUGUUUAAGAGGAAGCGGAAGAGAGACUACGAGGGUGAGGAAUUUGGCUCGUGCGCACUUCGAUCUGUGCAGGGGAGCAGCAUGGGGGGGAGAGGCGACAUUGGCGUUGGAAGUUCAGAUCGUGUAGAUCGUGUUGGCGGGGGUGUCCCCGUUAAUCGCACUGAUCAGCUGAAUCGCGUCGCCCGGGUUGGUUCCAUCCCAGGGGGAGCCAAUUCCGAGGGCGCCUUGGACAGAAGAUCAUCCCCCUGCGAGGCAACCCCGGGUGGAGCCACCUCCGGGGAGUCCCUUCCCAGUGAUCUCCCCUCCAGUGGGGCGUACUCAAACGGGGCGUACUCAAAUGGCGCUUGCUCCCAUGGGAUAUUCUCCUCCGGGGGGACCUACUCCAAUGGGAUCUUCUCCAAUGGGUGCUUCUCCAAUGAGAUCCCCUCAUCCACCGUGCUGUCCGCCCACUCGAAGCUUUCCGGCUCGUCGGACAGCUCGAGACAGUCCUCUAUAACGGUAAACUCUUUUCAUUCCCAUUGCUUCGAUAGGGAAGACUACUUCACAGUGAAAAGGGGUCAACACAACUUAGAUCGAAUGAGCCACGAAGGGAACUACAUGCAGGGCGUCCCUGCUCUCCUUAUGAAGACGUACAAGUCACGAAGAAAGGGACAGAAAAAUAUAUCCCUGUUGAGGUUGCAAAAGAACGGAGGAACCAGAUGCUCAACAUUUAAGGAUCUUACAAAAAAUUAUAUUACAAAGAAGAGGAGAAGAAAGGAGGUAAACAACUCCUAUAGCGAUCUGUGCUUAAUCGAUAUGGACAUGAUGGAGAAAGUCAUGUCAAGCAAGUUUAGUCCCGACGGAAGAUCCGAAGUGAUAUGUGGAACAGCCCCGUACAUGUCUCCUGAAUCUCUGGAUGGGAUCAUAUCCACAGCUAACGACGUAUGGGCCUGUGGUGUCAUUUUGUAUGCUCUCAUGGACGGUCGUUUUCCGUUUCAGAUAAGUAAUGAUAUGCCUGUUCCGCUGAAGAAGAAGAUUCUAAUUCACACCAAGCCCAACUUCGACCCGUUCGUUUGGCAAGACCACCCCGAUGUGCUGGACUUGUGCCUGAAGCUGUUGGACCCGAAUCCGUCCACGAGGAUACAGAACGCGAGGGAGGCGCUCAUCCAUUACUGCUUCGCCGACAUGGUGUAG